AUGUUUGUUUCCAAAGAGAAGCCAGGAGUGUGCCCUUGCAUAAAAUGGGGAACACAGCCAAUUGGGUUGUGUAAGGAUUCCUGCUCCCGUGACUGCGACUGUCCCAACAACGAUAAAUGCUGUUCUAGCGGCUGUGGGCAUCAAUGCAUCGCCCCUUACAAAGAAAAGCCAGGAGUGUGUCCUUGCGGGCGAUGGGGAGAACGGCCAGCAGGGAUGUGUGUGAAGUUCUGCUCCUGUGACAGCGACUGUCCCACCAACCUGAAAUGCUGUUCUAACGGCUGUGGGCAUCAAUGCAUCGCCCCCUACAAAGGGAAGCCAGGAGUGUGUCCUCGCAGGAUGUUCGGAGCAGGGAUGUGCUUGGAGUUGUGCUACAGUGACUGUGACUGUCCCAACAACGAGAGAUGCUGUUCUAACGGCUGUGGGCACCAUUGCAUCUGCCCUGUCAUGAACUGAGGAGUUUUGUCCUGGACGGCCAGUGUCCAGGAGAGCAGAAGUGCUGCCGGACAACCUGUGGCCACUCCUGCAGCGAGCCAUGCUGAUUGGUUAGGAUGUCAAACAUUCUGAGG